AUGUCUAGUUACGAUCCUCGCAAGAUGGAACCUGUCGUUCUUCGACUUUUCUCAAGGGGUUUUUAUGUGUGGGAGUCCAUUUGCGCUGCAGUCGUGCUAGGUAUCAACUCAUGGUACCUUGCGCACUACAACGACACGCCAGUCUACCCGCAGGCACGUCUGAUCUACACUGAGAUCAUUGCCGGGCUGGCGAUCCCCACGGCAAACAUCUUCGGCUGGAUCUACAACGUCGUCCCCCGCCUGUUGGCCAUGGUCAAUCUGUUCUUCUCGCUGGCAUUCUUCUCCGCAUUCGGCGCCCUGAUCGAGUUCGACUGCGACAAGAACUGGAACGGGUGGACCCAAGAAGUAGGGUCGUCGUAUCGUGCCUGCUGGAGAGCCACGCUGGCGUUCUGCUUCAUCGGUGCAUUCUUCUGGCUCUGCAGUGCCGUCUUGUCCUACUUCACGCCCAGAGUCGAGGCUCAGGCGCACAUGCCGUCAUACAGAAAGCACAGCCAAACUCCAAGUUCACAAGUGUGA